AUGCUCUCCCUCCUCGUUCUUCUUGCGCCCCUUGUGGCAGCCCACGGUCACGUUGACAAAGUCAUCGCCGAUGGCAAGGAAUACCAGGGCUGGAACGCUGCUCUCAAGUACCAGAACCCCAUUCCUGCCACUGUUGGCUGGCAGGCCGACAACCUCGACAACGGCUUCGUCUCUCCCGAUGCCUUUGCUACCUCUGCCAUUGUCUGCCACAAGCAGGGCAAGAGCAACGGUGCCUAUGUAACCGUCAAGCCAGGCAGCAAGGUCACUUUCAAGUGGGAUACCUGGCCCGUCAGCCACGUCGGUCCCGUCCAAGAGUACAUUGCUCCUUGCAACGGCGACUGCGGUUCCGUCAACCCUUCCAGCCUUCAGUGGACCAAGAUUUCAUCCAAGGCAUGGAAGUCGGGCAGCAACCCCGGCAAGUGGGCUACCGAUGACCUGAUCGCCAACAACUUCUCCUGGGACAUUACCUUCCCUAACGUUGCUCCCGGCAACUACGUCGUUCGCCACGAGAUCAUCGCGCUGCACGCCGCCGGCCAGACCAACGGUGCCCAAGCAUACCCCCAGUGCGUCAACUUCAAGGUUGAGGGCUCUGGAACCGCAAAGCUCAGCGGUGGCACUCCCGCUACCAGCUUCUACACUGCCAACGACCCUGGUAUCAAGUUCAACGUCUUCACCUCCUUCUCCAGCUACCCUGUCCCCGGCCCUGCCGUCAAGGCUCUGACCAAGAGGCACGCCAAGGACCUCGAGUACUAG